UUCCCAUUCCCAAACCUUGGCUGGAUGGAAGAGGAGAAGGCUGCAAGGAAGAGGAAGAUGCCCCGGGACAGCCAGGCGGGGAAGGAGCUGAGGAUGGAGAGCAGGGAGGACAAAUGCCUGUGGCAGAACAUGGUGGAAGAGGCCAUUUUGGGUGGCUUCACAGUGCAGGAAUCCAACAGGGAGGAAAAUCCCCAGAGAUUCCACAGGAAGAGGGACUGCAAACCCAGCCCAGGGUGCUCUGAGGAGGAAAGACCCAGCCUGAGCCAGGAAGGUGGACAGAGCUUCAGCCAGAACUCUGAGCUGGUGGCCCAUGAGCAGCUUUAUGACAGCAAGAGGCCCUAUGAGUGCUUGGAGUGUGGGAAGAGCUUCAGGAAGAGAUUCAACCUGAUCUGCCACCAGAGGAUCCACACUGGGGAACGGCCCUACGCGUGCUCGGAAUGUGGGAUGAGCUUCAGCCACAGGUCUGAUCUGGUUGUCCACCAGAGGUUCCACACUGGGGAGAGGCCCUACGAGUGUCUCCAGUGUCAGAAGAGGUUUCACACCAGCACCCACCUCCUUGUACAUGAGCGGAUUCACAAAGAGGAGAGGCCCUUCCGCUGCCCUGACUGCGGGAUGGGCUUCAGGCACAACUCUACCCUCGUCACCCACCGGCGCAUCCACACUGGGGAGAGGCCCUACGAGUGUCCCCAGUGUGGGAAGAGCUUCUCAGAUCGCUCGUUCUUUACCCGACACCAACGGAGGCACCGUUUUACAGGAAUGUUCUCUGUGACCCUGUCUGCUCUUUUCAAGAACCUUUCCUGGAGAAUGAGGUCGAGCUCCUGUCACAAGAUGUGGCACCACCUGCAGCUUCUCUUGGCUUUCCACACUGCGCAUGCAGCAGGACUCUUGCAGCAAAGCAAGACACAUGUUUGGAGAACUUGACAACUUGACUUUUCUUUUGCUGGUGGACUCGGGAGUUGUGCCAUUGGUGAGGUUUUCAUUGUUACUGUUCCAAGCUGAGAAAACAGGAGGUGGUACCAGGAAUUGUUAGGGAGUACAAGCCUGGCUAAAUGCAGAUGAAGAAUCUCCAGAGCCUGCAGCCACAAGUGGAGAGUUGUGUGAUGAUCAUUCCAACCUGUCAUUGGAAAUCUUGACAAUUAUCUGGAAUGUGAACAUCCUCUGACAGAGGGAAUUGGUUUCUGAAUUCAGUGUGGAUGAUUCCACAUCUGGUGCAUAAAUCAAGAGGACAAUCAGUUCAUUAUCAGCACCAGAACAAGCUGGACCUCAGAGUAGCUGACUGAAAUAAUCUGGAAAGGAGAAAUGCAGGGAAUGACCUGGUGAACCUUGCCUGGAAGAAGGAUGAUCUUUUUCUAAUAAUUACUAAUCCAUUCACUCGUAUUUUGGCUUUCUUAGCAAGGCCAUUUGCAUCCCAGAUUCCCCAGGAAGUGCAAAGUCUGAGCUUGUGCAAGGGGCUGAAAGAUGUCCUGUUCCUCUGCAGGGACACUCAGGCUGGAACAGGAGCCGGAGCCCUCUCUGGGGAAGCCUCCUCUGAGCUGGAAUUUGUGUCGUGCUGGGAGAGGAGGAGGAGGGGGAGAAGGCUGGCGCUGUGUGGCAGGAGCAGGAGGUUUGGGCCGCAGGACAUUCUGUCUGUGCCACUGCCCCGCAAUGGGUGGCCGUGCCUGGGGCUCUGGGCCUGGGCCCGUGUGUGCUGAGCUCCCUGGGCUGGGCUCAGGUUCCCGCUGGGACUGGGCAGAGCCUGGGCUCAAACUGGGGGCAGCAGCAGUGCAAAACACCUCUGGACAUCUGCGUUUCCUGCUGCUGGGAAGGAGCAAUGAAGCGAGUUGAGAAGCUCUGGUUUCUGCUUCUCCUGGUGGAUUUUUUAAUUUAAUUCCACACUGUGGAGGCAAAGUCUGUGAAGCCUCUGUUAGCUUACUCUAUUUCAACAAUGCUAGCAACAGAGCUCUGUUUAAGUGCUGCAAAUGUGGCCUGUGAGGCUUUAAUUCUCCUCAUCUUAGUGUUCAGGGGCUGAUGAGCAUUCCAGUAUCUGCUCAUCUUUAUGCCUGUGACAAAAACACUGACUUCACUGUCAUGAAAGCACUGUGGGUAGCACCAACUGAAAGAGGCACUUACAGUUUUAUGGAUAAAAUUCAGGUGGCAAGCAGAAGAGGGCCAAGAGCAGCCAUGAUCUGUAAUUCCCAAGAAAAGGCACCAGCAGCCUCCUGCUGUCAGCUCAGGGUGAGUCAAACAGAGCUGGAAACAGUGCUGGAACCCAAUCCUUUCUUCCUCUGAGGGCUGGCUCAGGGCAGCACAGGCGGGCCCUGAGCAGUCAGGGCUGUGUGUGGGUGAUUGCUGCUCUGCUCCAGAAUUGAGCUGGAAAAAGCCCUUGGGAGCCGAGGCAGGAGCAUAUGUGUGUGUGUGUCUCUGUGUGUCUGUGUGUGUGGGUGUGUCUGUGUCUGUGUCUACGUGUCUGUGUGUGUCUCUGUGUGUGUGUAUGUGUCUAUGUGUGUGUGUCUGUGCGUCUGUGUGUAUGUGUGUCUGUGUCUGUGUGUCUGCUUUCUGUCUGAGCUGGUGCUCUCAUGGCUCCUGCCCAUUGGCACAAGGUUGUGUCCACCACCACCAUGGACCACAACAAUGACUCCUUUUCUUCAUUUACUCUGUGGUGUAAAUGAACUAUUCUGUCUGAUCAUGAUCAGAAAAAAUCAGAGCUAUAUUUAUAUAAAUUUAUCUGGUAUUCAAUCUUUAAUCCUGUAGGACAAAUUGUGUAAAAGUUCAAUUCCACCUGUCCAAUCUUUUACACCUUUGACAAAGACUGGGGCUGGGAUUGGAUCCAGCUGCUCCCAGUCUCCUCUUUUAAACGGAAUUUUAGAAGUCUAGCGGUCCUCCAGGGGGGGAUCCAUGGUGG